AUGGGCUGUAUUCAGAGCAUUGCAUGCAAGCCUCGUAUUAGACGGGAGAACAUUGUGGUGUAUGAAGUAUCAGCCUCCAUUGACCAGUGCCCGACGAUCAUUGAAGAGAACUCCCCCAUCGUGCUCCGCUACAAGACACCUUACUUCAGGGCCUCCGCAGGGGUCGUCAUGCCACCAGUGCCCCGUAAUGAGACAUGGGUGGUGGGCUGGAUCCAAGCGUGUACCCAGAUGGAAUUCUACAAUACAUAUGGUGAUAUUGGCAUGUCUAGUUGGGAGUUACCAGAGCUGCGUGAGGGCCGAGUCAAAGCCAUCAGUGACUCCGAUGGUGUCAGCUACCCCUGGUAUGGCAACACUACUGAGACCGUCACCCUCACAGGUCCCACAUCCAAGCCCUCACGUCUGACAGUCAGCAUGAAUGACAACUUCUACCCCAGCGUGACCUGGGCAGUGCCCAUCAGCAAUAGCAACACGCCCAUGUUGACCCACAUCACCAGAGACCAGAGCUUCAUCACAUGGCUCGUGGCUAUGAACUCUGUCACCAAGGAGCGUAUCGUGCUGCAGACGGUGAGGUGGCGGAUGAGGGUGGACAUUGCUGUGGACCCCGACAUGCCCCUGGGCUCGCGGGCCUCCCUGGUGGGCCGGCCGCACCAGGAGCAACCUCACAUCUUGAACUACCAGGAGCCCAUCCCUCCCAAUGCCCUGGGGAGGCCCAAUGCCAAUGAUGCCCAAGUUCAGCUCCCAUCUGCCUGCUUUUUCCCCCUCCAUGUCUUCUCUGUCCACCUGAGCACACACCUCCUCCAUCCCUGGGAAGAACACUUUGCUGCCAGCCCCAAGAAGCCAACUUGGAUCGACUGCGUGGAUCAAGAGACAGUGGGAGAGAAAAACUAA